AUGUCAGUUGCUUGUCAGUUUUGUUUCAGUUUAAAAAAGAAUAUGGCCGUGUUAGGGCCAAAUGUGAGUGGAAAUAUGAAUGGUCACAAUAAUAUUCAUAGUCAGUUAACGAAAUCUUUAGAAAGGAUUCUAGAGGACGCUUACUUAAGUGGUGAAUUAAAAUUGAACGGACGGAAAUUGAGGGAAUUUCCUAAACCAGUGAAAUUUGACUUGAGUGAUACAGUUGUGGCCGAUUUGUCUAAGAAUAGAUUUAGUGAAGUGCCUGAUGAAGUGACCACGUACGUGUAUUUAGAAAAGUUGUUGCUGUCGCAGAAUAUUAUAAGAAGCGUACCGGAGACUGUUGGGGGUCUGCAAUCUCUUACGUAUUUGGAUCUCAGUUCUAACCAGCUGACAGAGCUACCGCGGGAAGUAUGUCAAAUGCCACUGCAAGUCCUGCUUGUGCCGGACAACUUGCUGGCUACACUGCCGAAGGAGAUCGGCAAGAUGAGCUCGCUGGCCGAGCUGGACGCGUCCAACAACAGACUGACGCAAGUCCCGAUGACACUCGGCGAUUGUGCUGGUCUUCGAGCGCUCGACCUUAGCAAUAACCAGCUGGGAUUAUUACCGCUACAGAUCACAUACCUGCGACUCGAGCAUCUAGACGUGAGCUGCAACUGCAUAUCUUCACUUCCUCUGGAACUCCGCAACAUGACCACGCUAGUCACCCUUAACUUGGACAACAACCCUCUAGUAUCUCCGCCCACCACAGUAUGCAUGCGCGGGCGCGUGCAUAUAUUCAAAUAUCUAGAGAACAUGGCAAACAAAGACUCUUUGCCGGCGCACAGAAGGGUGGAUGAGACUAGGCGGUCAGCAAAGCACACAUCUUAUAUCAACAACACACCAGUACAGAGCUCCGCACACCAGAUUACCUCCGGCAACGCCACUAUAGACUGCCUGAGGCAUAAGCCGAGGCAUGUUAUCGACAGUGGUUACUGCACAGAUGGAGUGGAAAAGAGAUGGUCUAAUGAUGCGGGCGGUGAGGCGGGGGGAGGGGGUGGUUCAGGGCGGUCAACCCCCAGCACGCCGUCUACACUCUCGCCGGGGGCCGCCUUGUCGAGAGCGCAGUCCCUGUCCAGUGAAUCUCCGUUGGCGCCUUUGACGCCAUUGCUCACUGGCCUCCGUAUAUCACCUGAAGGGAACAUUUCAAAUGGCGACGAUAAGACUAAAUUAGCACAUCAGCAAACCUACAGACAAUACAAAGAAGCCUUAAGACAACAACGCCAGCAAGAUAUCUACCGACCCCGGACCGAUCAACCCUCGCCAGAGCUCGAUUCCUCUCCACAGUCCCAGAACCAAAGCCCAGUCCACUUCCAGAGAACAUCCGCACCUCACUCCCCAGUAAACGGCUACAGUAACGUAUCACCUAGUCUUUAUAACCGAUCCGUUUCAUCAAACUCAACUACCUCCAACUCAUCUAACACUUCACAAGUGCCAAACUCUCCCCUCCUUCACUCAACGCCCAGAAGAUUUCAGAAUCAAAAUGGCAACAACGAGAAACAAGAAGAACAAAACAAGAGGCCAGUUCAAAAAGUAGUUCCUUCUAGAAAUGUUAACAAAAUGUAUUCGUCCGUAAAUGGGAAUGUAGACUACAAUGGGCGGGUUAACGGACAGAUGGAAGCGUAUAUAAAGCCAACUUCACCGACAAAAUCGCCUACAAAUACGUUAGGGUAUAAUAGUAUAGGAAUGAAAUCGAAUAUACCGAGACAGACUAAUGCAGGCGAGGGCGCGAAACUAUUAACAACAACGGUGUCCUACUUGAAAGGUGCGGCGCCGAAGCCGGCGGGCAAGAUGGCGUGGAACAAGGACGCGCCUGUCGACAAAUUAAGCUUCACCAUGAAGAGGGAGUUCGAUAAACAGAAGGAGGAGUCGGACCUACUGGAACAGUUGAGAACGAUAAUCGAAUCUCGGCUGAAGAUGUCUCUACCGGAGCAGCUGGCGCCCGUGCUGGCGGACGGUGUGGUGCUGUGCCACCUCGCGAACCACGUGCGGCCGCGAGCCGUCGCCUACGUGCACGUGCUCUCGCACGCGCAGUGCGGCCGCGAGCCGUCGCCUCCGUGCACGUGCCCUAGCCCGCGCAGGUACUGCACUGCACUGCACUGCACUGCACUGCACUGCGCUGCUGCCGGACGCGUGGUGCUGUGCCACCUCGCGAACCACGUGCGGCCGAGAGCCGUCGCCUCCGUGCACGUGCCCUUGCCCGCGCAGCCUAAAUUAACAAUGGCGAGGUGUAGGAGAAACGUAGACAAUUUCUUGGAAGCGUGUCGAAAAAUUGGAGUAGAAGAGGAGCUCAUCUGUUCGCCCGCUGACAUACUGAUGUACUCGGAGCGAGAGGGAGACGCCAGUAUCGUCCCUCUCGCUUGCACGGUCACCGCUCUCCUCACACACGCCACGCCGUACACCUCGCCAAAGGAUAUCCAUACUGACCCGCGUUACCAUAACUACGUCCAAACACACGAACUUGGACCUUACCAAGUCUCCGAAGCCGCCGAAGUGACCGAAGCAGAGGAGACUUCGACUGAAGUUAACCACUACCAAAGGCAGCUACAGAGAUAUUCAGAUGAUAGGUAUAUAAACAACUAUAACAAUAUGUCCGAUUACGCAAACAAUUACACAAUAGAUGAGUCUGAAGAGUUUCAUUUGAAUUAUGAAAACAAUAAUGAUUCUGUAGAAAGCGUUAAUUAUUCGCCAGUGUAUGGGACCAAUGAGGGCUUAAGGAAUAGAGCAUCUUAUUACCAUAACAAUAAAAUUCAGUUUGUUACUCCAUUUUGCAAAGAAAACGCUUUACUUAAGUGCGACAAUUUUGAGAUUUACGACACUGACGAAGUUGAUUUUCCUUUGGAUACAACUAAUGAAGAUCACGAAGUGCGUUACGACAGAGACAAAUUGAGUUUAGUCUUACAGAAUAACAUCAACACAGAAAUGACACCGUUGGUAGAAACGGAUAAGGAACGAGAACAUAGAUUAUUAGUCACGUGGUUAUGCCUUGGGACAUUCUUUGUGUCCGCCAUUUUACUUAUUAUAUUCCCAUUGUAA